GAGGUUCGGGGCGGGGAGGGGAGGGAGGGAGGCAGCAGAACGUCAGGAGAGUCAGAUGCUUCUUCAUCACUGAGCCCUGAUGCGCAGUCAGGGGGACCUGGCAUGCGUGUAGCGGUGAACGUGAACGUCUCCUCCCCUGUUUCUGCAGUGUUACUGCUGCUUCUUCUUUUUUUCUCUCUCUCCCUCUCCCUCUCCCUCUAUCUCUAUCUCGCCCAUUGUUGCCUGUGCCAAGGCUGGACAACAGAAGAGUAAGAUAGAAAGCCCCCCAUUUACACAGCACCAAAGCCCGCUUUCUUGUCUGCCACCAACCCAUUCAUGUGCUUCAGAUGUGUCCCGUUGUCCCGAUCUGUGUGUGAGGUAUCGUGUCCGUUCACUCUCCCAAACGUCCAUUCACGGCCGCUCUGCAACUGUGCAGUUCGUUUGGGUUAGUUGCGUUGUCCGGAUUCAGCACGGAGACGCAGCGGAUUCCUUUUCCACCUCACUUCAAAAUUGACCGAUUUUUAUAAACUCAUAUCCGUCUACUGGCGAGUAAUACAAGUGGUGCGGUUGAUCACAUUUAUUUUUUUAAUUAUUUUUUUUUUUCUUCAUUUUUACGCAUCGGCAGGUGCACACAGCCUUGGAGAGCAUCGAGCAGAGAACAUAUUGUGAUGUUUUUGAGGGAAUGACUUGUUGUUGUUGUGUCGCGGCGCGGCGCUCGAACCCCCCAGACGACAACUAUGUACAAUCGACUAGUCGGAUGGCGUUAAGUUUGCACCUUGGGUAGUGCACCUCUCUGGGUGGGUGGAGGGGUGGAGGGGAGGGAAAGGAAAGCUACGCGUCAUUACCAAGACACCAGCGCACAGUCCUGUACACCAUUACACCAGGCUGCCCUGCUGUGUGGAUGGCACACGGGGUGUCUCCCUCUGUGCAAGUGUUGCGGGGUAGAAGCCACGCUGCGUGUGUACGGACCGGGAUCCAGGCGAAUGUGAGUCUGUCUAUAAAGACGUGUCCAUCUCCUGAGACCACAUGUUCCACCGCUGAGCUGACUCACUAACAUCUGCACCUGGGAGAUUAUCAAAUGUGAAGUGGGUUGAACGUCGGCAGAUUCCAAGCAUCACCAUCCCACCAUGGCGCUGCACAAGACUAUUUCGAGCUGCUCUCUGCCUGCCACUCCGUAUACGCUCCUCUCUCUUUUACUGGUGUUGCUCCCAGGAGUCACUCAUUUCUCCCAGGGCAGCAUAAGUCAGGAAGACCCUGGCACCAUCUCAGGUAACUGCUCCAAUGAGAACAACUGCUCCGAGGGUGUGCUGUUGCCCCUGUGGAAUCCCCAAAAUCCUGCAGUGGGUGACAAGGUGGCGCGUGCCAUUGUCUACUUCGCUGCCCUCAUAUACAUGUUUCUGGGCAUGUCCAUCAUCGCAGACCGCUUCAUGUCUUCUAUUGAGGUCAUCACCUCCCAGGAAAAAGAGAUCACUAUUAAGAAGCCCAACGGAGAGACAUCCACGACAACUGUACGCGUCUGGAACGAAACAGUGUCCAACCUGACCUUGAUGGCACUGGGCUCUUCAGCUCCUGAGAUCCUUCUGUCUGUCAUCGAAGUGAUCGGCCACAAUUUCGAAGCUGGAUCUUUGGGCCCCAGCACCAUUAUUGGCAGCGCCGCUUUUAACAUGUUUAUCAUUAUCGCUAUUUGCGUCUACGUGGUCCCAGAGAAUGAAACCCGCAAGAUUAAGCACCUUCGAGUGUUUUUUGUCACUGCUGCCUGGAGCGUGUUUGCGUACAUCUGGCUCUAUCUCAUUCUCUCGGUGUUCUCACCCGGAGAGGUGGCUGUUUGGGAAGCCGUCCUCACCUUCUUCUUCUUUCCUCUCUGUGUGCUGCAAGCCUGGAUUGCGGACCGUCGGCUGCUCUUCUACAAGUACGUUCACAAGCGAUACCGCGCGGACAAGACCCGCGGCAUUAUCAUUGAGUCAGAAGGUGAUGCCAUGUUCACGAAAAUGGAGCUGGAGAUGGACGGGCAGGGUGUGAACUCCAACACCCACCACAAAGAGGUUUUGGAUGGAAUGUUAGAAGGAGUGGAGGAAGGCGGAGGGAUGAGCACUGAGCAACAUCAAGAGGAAGAGGCCCGGCGUGAAAUGGCUCGAACGCUCAAAGAUUUAAAGCAAAGGCAUCCGGAGAAGGACAUGGAGCAGCUGAUCGAAAUGGCAAACUAUCAAGUACUGGUCCAGCAACAGAAGAGUCGAGCCUUCUAUCGCAUACAGGCCACGCGUAUGAUGAUCGGAGCUGGGAACAUCUUGAAAAAGCAUGCCGCAGACCAGGCCAGGAAGGUGGUGAGCUGUCAUGAAGCUAGCGGGCAAGAAGAAGAUCCCAACACCAUUUAUCUUCAGUUUGAUCCCUCUCACUACCAAUGCUUUGAGAACUGUGGCUCACUUAAGCUGUCAGUGAGCCGGCAUGGAGGAGAAAGUGGUUGCACAGUGAAGGUGGACUACCGCACAGAGGACGGAACUGCCAAUGCGGGCUCUGACUACGAGUUUGCCGAGGGCACGCUUGUCUUCAAGCCCGGCGAGACGACGAAAGAGUUCACCGUUGGCGUUAUCGACGAUGACAUUUUUGAAGAGGACGAGCACUUUUACGUACGCCUCAGCAACCCACGAAUUGUCCACCGUGCCGAAGUCUCGGUCCUCGAGCCAAACUCUAUCACCUCCAGCAACAGCACCGUGGGCGUCCCUUCACACGUUCCUCCCAAGGCUGCUCUGGGAAAAGCCUGCACGGCCACAGUUACCAUCUACGAUGACGACCACGCCGGCAUUUUCACUUUCGAGAGUAACUCCACAAGGGUCAGCGAGAGCGUUGGCAACAUGCAAGUGAAGGUUCACAGAACAUCCGGGGCCCGGGGAAAGGUGGCAGUGCCUUAUCACACCGCCGAGGGCACCGCCAAGGCUGGGGAGGACUAUGAGGAGGUGUCUGGAAAGCUGGAGUUUCAGAACGACGAAACCAUGAAAAUGCUGAAUGUGAAGAUCAUCGACGAUGAGGAGUAUGAGAAAAACAAAACUUUCACUAUCAUCCUGGAGGAGCCAGUUCUGCUGGAAGUGGGACAGAGACAUGGAGACACCAAUGACAACAAGACAGUAGUAGGACCGGAGGACGUGUCGAAGAUGGGCUGCCCCUGUCUGGGAGAACACACAAGGCUGGAAGUGGUCAUUGAGGAGUCUUAUGAAUUCAAGGUAACAAAAAUGACAUCAACAAAUGUCAACCACAUUUCCUUAUCAAUGAUAAUAAACCGACAUUUAAACAAAUGUCUAAAAACACUCUGUAAAAGAAUGGUUAUCAGGCUUUUUUUUUUUCCUUUAUUUUCAGGUGAUGAUGACGAGGAGGAGAGCGGGGAGGAGCGUCUCCCGUCUUGUUUUGACUACAUCAUGCACUUCCUGACAGUCUUCUGGAAGGUCCUCUUCGCUUUUGUCCCACCCACUGAGUACUGGAAUGGCUGGGCCUGCUUCUUUGUCUCCAUUUCUCUCAUUGGUAUUCUGACGGCAGUGACCGGAGACUUGGCCUCUCAUUUUGGCUGCACCAUCGGCCUCAAAGACUCUGUCACCGCUGUGGUGUUCGUAGCUCUUGGCACCUCUGUUCCAGAUACUUUUGCGAGCAAAGUGGCUGCGAUCCAGGACCAAUAUGCCGACGCCUCCAUCGGUAACGUGACAGGCAGCAAUGCGGUGAACGUGUUCCUCGGUAUCGGGGUGGCGUGGACCAUUGCAGCUGUUUACUGGCAGACCAAGGGCAAAAUAUUUAAAGUAGACCCCGGCUCCUUAGCCUUCUCUGUCACCCUCUUCACCAUCAUGGCAUUAUUUUGCGUCGGGGUGUUACUCUACCGCCGCCGUCCGAGUGUGGCAGGCGGAGAGCUGGGGGGUCCACGGACAGCCAAGCUCCUCACCUUCUUCCUCUUUCUCGUUCUGUGGUUCAUCUACAUCCUCUUGUCCUCAUUGGAGGCUUACUGCCAUGUGCCGGGUUUUUAAGAGAGUGGACAAUGCAAAAAAAAAA